CAGCCUUCGGGGCGCGGCGGCAGGGGAAGGAGGGCUCCGCUGUCCCCGGCCUGGCGGAACAAUACGUGCCUCGCCUGUUCCCGCCCGGACUCGCACCGCUGUGCGUCGGGUCCCUACCAGAGCGCUUCCCGGGACAGCGGAAGCUGCCGCGGUGAGGGGCUCGGGGCCAGGCCGGCGAGCGGGAGCCGGUGGGUACCGCUGUGGUCACAGCCAGCGCCCGGCCGGCUGCAGCCCGCUUCUGCGGAGCAGCAGCACCGUGAACCGGGGAGUGAAGUCCGCCGGUGAGCUGCUCGCCUUUCCCGUUUCAGACCUUCUCUCCUGAAUUUUUCUGUUUUAGGGCCUUGCUAAAGCAAAUAUGUUUCCUCUCAUACGACUGUGCUGCUUCCAUACGCCUUUCAAACUUCAGAAGUUAACUGCUCCCAAGCUACUACUUUAUGGAAAGAAUAAGACAACUUGCUCUUCUCUUGGCCUCCGGCUGCAGAGGGAUGUGUGUCCUCUCUCAAGACCUCCAUGCCUCAACACAGCAUCAGUAUAUGCAACCAAGCUUCAGGCUCUUCACACCUCUCUCCCUUUCUUCAAGAAGAAAACCCCCAAAGAAUCUGAGACCAAAAACCCUGGCGUCUUGCAACGAAGUAUGGAAUCACUAAAGGAUUCUCCCAAGCCAGCCCUUUACUUAAGCAUUGCAGGGCUGAUUCCGUUUGUUUCUGUGCCACUGUCAAUGGCCAUCCAAGGGACCUACUACCCAGAGCUGGCGUUUGCUCUGAUUAUGUAUGGUGCUGUGACAGUCUCUUUCCUAGGAGGGAUGAGGUGGGGGUUUGCUCUCCCAGAAAACAGCCCAGCCAAGCCAGACUGGCUGAACCUGGCUAACAGUACCAUUCCUCCUCUAUUUGCCUGUCAAGCCUUGCUCUUUAAAGAUGUCACUGUAAGUGCAGUAACGCUAGUAAUGGCCUUGGGGAUAGCACUGCAUUAUGAUGUUUCCCUUCUUCCUACUUAUCCUAGGUGGUUUAAAGUACUGAGGGUAGUGGGAACACUGGUGAUGGUAUUCUCACUAUUAGCUACUGUAGCACUGAAGGCUUUUUCAGAGAUACAGCAACUUACCAGCAGGAAUGAAUGGCAGAGCACAAAAUAAUAGAGCAACAGGAAAAAAGCUAUUUAUCUGCCAAUAAGGGAUUUGUAUUGAGUUCCAGAAGAAGUAAAGACUUGUGCUUAGAAGUCGUAAGAUGGCAGGGAUCAUGAUGCUUUUUUGUGAAGCAAACAACUUAACUAGUUUAGGAGGAAAGGAUUGUAAAUAGCAAUGACUUCCAAGGCAGGCAUGAGUCUGUCCUUAUUUGUAGAACAAAGCAUCACUCUUGAAUGAGAUGCUGCUGAAGUUAAAAUGGAGAUUCAAAUGACAUGGGUAUGCAUUGCUCUAUGCUGAAUCAUUAAAGUAUCUGGUGUAACUAUGUAAUCUGUGAUAAUAUUCUGUGGUGGGGAAAACAACUGUGUAGUCAUACACAGUAAUGAGGUGAAAGUUCUUCUAGUUUAGUGUUUAAAGAAGCAGCAGAGAAUUAUGCAAAAGUACACACAUGUUCAAUUCCUAUGUUGUGGAACAAAACUCAUUUCAACUGAGAAGGUGCUGAAAUUGCUAUGUGAUUAAGUGCUAGUCAGGCAAGAAAGGAUAGGCAAGGUCCAUUGGCAGGGGCAAGGCAAGGUAGAACUCGCCUAGAAUAUGUCAUCCAGGUGCUGUAAUGGAUUUGGGACAGCUAGAAUCAUAGAAGGCUUGGGGUUGAAAGGGUCCUUAAAGAUCACCUUAUUCCACCCCCCUGCCAGGGACAGGGACACCUUCCACUUAAUCAAGUUGCUCCAAGCCCUGUCCAACCUGGCCUUGAACACUGCCAGGGAUGGGGCAGCCACAGCUUCUCUGGGCACCCUGUUUGUCUCAGAGCAGGUAGAAACAGACUUGUAGCCUGCAAGCCCUUCAUGAUGAGCCAAUUACUGAAAACACUGGAGAAGCAUAUGCUUUUUGUACUUAAAUCUCCUAAAACAUCAUUUAGGGGAAAGAAGAUGAAACUGAAGUCACAUGGACUUUAUUUUCUAGACUCAGCUGUUUCAAGAAACCUAUGAAAUUUUAUGUCAGCAUAUUUAGUGUAGGCUUUUUAUCUUAAGUAUUCUUUAUGUACAGUGUAAGAUGUAAGAAAAAAACCUGAAAAGUGACACCCACACACAGUCUUAGGACAAAUUUAGAUACUACUCAUUGUUUUCUUAACGCAAUAUUCUUCACUGUUGCUCUGUACAGAGUAAAGCACUUAAAAUUUGUAUCUGUUCUUCCUGCAAAGAACAGAUAGAUGCUGAAGAAAGACCUGCGUAUCCUGAAUAGAUCCAUCUUCUUUAUGGUAUUGCUGAAAUAGCAACUACGUACAUGAGCCUCUAACUUUUGCAACGUGUUAACCUUUACAUGUUCACAGCAUCACAGGUGUGAAACAAUGAUGUAUUUCAGCACUUUCUGAAUAUAAAGGAAGUAAAACUGAGUUUGUGAAUGAAAA